AUGGAUCGUGAAGCUACCCAGGAUAUUCUCAACAAAUACCUAGGGACGCAAUCCUCUGCGGAAGAAUGCAAACCUUAUAUCGAAGAAGGGUAUGAUACGGACCCAUUGAUGGAUCUUUCCAAUUACUCAAUGGCUGGUAAAAAGGCUCCGCCGUCCAGGUUCACAUCACCAGCUAAAUCCUACGAUAGUCCAAAUAAGCAAUUGCAACGUCUCAGAGGAAGUCCCUCGAAGCACCCAUCGGGACCAUUCCAAGAAAAAAGUCGAAGCACCGUGCAACAAGACUUUGAUCUUUCAUUCCUUGAUGACCUCGAAAGCAUAUCAAAUGAUCAGUUUCACGCCAACAAACAUGAAGCAUAUACUUUUCUCCCUGAUACCAAGUACUCACUGUUUAUAUCCAAUUCUGCAAUGAAACUCCGGAAAGCACUACAAGCUGAACAAGAGAAGAACAGAACCCUCGAACAAACGAAUCGGGAACUCGAAAUUCAAUUAUCAGAGGCUCACGAAAUACGGGCAAGUCAUGAUAGACUCAUUCUGCAAGUUCGCGGGCUCCAAGAUCGUAAUGAAGAACUUGAAAUGGAAAUUCUAGGGAAGGAUCUGAAACUUCGUGAUUCCAGUCUCUCGCAGGAGAAUGUUUUGCUACGACUGAAGCUCGUGAAGUACAAAACCUUGUAUGAGAGCAGUAUCAAGGAUCAUGCUGAUGAUAAGCGUCUUCUAAAGGCUGAAAGUGUAUCGGCGCAAGCUAAGGUAGACAAGGUCUCCAAAGAAGGUCUUGCGGUAAAAGGUGACGAGAACAUAAACCUGAAAGACUUGAAGGCUUUACUAGAAGGAUUGUCAUCUCUCACACGAAAAUUAGAGGAAACACAUACAAAGCAUGCAACAGCGUCUCAAGCUCAGACCAGCCAUUGUGACGAGCAAGACGAUGAAUUUGAGUCCAAGGAAGAGAAGAUCAAUGGGCGAAAACUGGUCAACACAGCUUUUGAAAAGAGGUCUGCAGCACAGGCAUCCAUCAUGUCAUCUGCGACUAAUGAAAACGAGAAUAAGCGGGACGGUCUCGACGCCUGGGUCUCCCGAGCGAAGGCUAAGAACCAAGAUACAAUUCAUCGGCUGAAGGAGGCUACCCAUAGAAAUGGUGCCAAACCCAACCACAAGGCCACCCAAGAACGUCAGUAUUUGGGUGACGUGUCGUCACAGUAUGGGGCGUCCCGUUCAGCAACCCGUCCAACCGCCAGAAGAAAGCCUCUUGGAGGAGGAGAAGGAGCACCCUUGCGCCAGCAAACAAGCGAAUUGGGUGCCCACAAUAUAUCAAAAGAUAUAAAGGUUGCUCAAACUUCAAAAGAUAGAAAAUCUCAGGCUGUGACCGCUGGGCUGGUACUGGCGCCGUUGGCAGAAGAGCCUCGUGGUCUCCCGAGGAAAAGACAAGCCACAGAGUCGAGCACCAACUUGGUCGAGAAACUCCAUAUAUCAAGUGAGACAAGUGUGGCCAAGUUCAAGAAGUCUAAGCGUAUUGAUUAUGAGUGGCAGGAUCUUGACGAGGAGGACCAUGACGAUCCAUUGAUGGUGAGCGAAUACGUCAACGAGAUUUUCCCAUACUUGCACGAGCUCGAACAAAAAACACUUCCCGAUCCAAACUACCUCUUUGAGCAGACCCAACUCAAACCUAAGAUGCGCUCGAUUCUUGUUGACUGGCUCGUAGAGAUGCAUCAAAAGUUUCGACUUUUGCCGGAAACUCUCUUCUUGGCAAUAAACAUCAUGGAUAGAUUCAUGUCCGUUGAAGUUGUUCAGAUAGACAAGCUUCAGCUUUUGGCCACAGGGUCACUUUUCAUUGCUGCAAAGUACGAAGAAGUCUUUUCACCAUCAGUGAAGAAUUACGCUUAUUUCACUGACGAAUCUUAUACUGAGGACCAGAUCCUUCAAGCAGAGAAAUACAUUCUCACCAUCCUCAAUUUUGAUCUCAACUACCCUAAUCCGAUGAACUUCUUGCGUCGAAUCUCAAAGGCUGAUGAUUACGACGUUCAACUGAGGACUCUCGGCAAAUACCUCCUUGAGAUUUCUAUCAUUGACUAUCGCUUCAUCGGUAUGCUUCCGUCGCUCUGUUCCGCAGCUGCUAUGUACAUUUCAAGACUCAUACUCGGUAAAGACCCUGUCUGGAAUGGAAAUUUGAUCCAUUACUCUGGAGGAUACCGCGUUAAUGAUAUGAGAGAAUGUAUUGAACUCAUAGUUCAGUAUCUUGUUUCCCCAGUGGAACACGAUGAAUUCUUCAAGAAAUACGCUACACGGAAAUUCAUGAAAGCAAGCAUUGUUUGCCGCAGCUGGGCGAAGAAGUUCAUGGCAGAAAAGAAGGAUUUAUUCGACGAGCUGCUUUUAACCGAGAAGAUUUCUAAGUGA